CCCUGAGGAACGGGCUCCAGGCUUGCCAGCAGUGAUGCAACGUUGUCUACAAGUACUAAAGACAUCGUCUUUAAAAUGCAGCUUGGAAACCUCUUUCAAGUUACUGUCUGCAACGAAGCUUUUGCUCCCUCUUUCUGCAAUGGCUGAGACCACAAGCAACAAGGGGGGUCUAACAGCCCCGCCAAACAGCCCAAUCCAGGGCGCCACAACUCCCCCAAGCUGGGACGAAAUACAGUCAUGUUCACUCAUGGAUCCUAUCCCUACGACCCGGAUGAGAGAACAAUUGGAAGAUGAGCCACCACAGUCAAGCUCUUCCUCUCGAGCUCCUUCUCCCUGUCAGCCAGUCACUCUUGGGGGCAAUAGCAUUGCCCUUUCACGCGCGAACUACGGCCUUCGAGAGGACGACGAAAUUAUACACGCAUCUGCCACUCCCUCGCUCAAAGACAAUGUGUCUCCGAGCAACAGUCCUCCUCUGAAUCACUUGCUGAUUCGACUCAACCAAAAUGCAUUGCUUGCCUGUGGACUUUUCAAUCACUCGAGGCCCUCAAACCCGUUUGCCCACUGGGAUGUGCAAUGCCUCAAUCAAUAUGGCGUCGAAGUCUACACAUGGUAUCUCCUUGCCUUUACCGAAUUGUCGACCAGUAAACAGCGCAAACGAUACGAGAGUAACGCUCAAUGGCUCGAACUACGCCUUCGUGACCUCCAAGCGCAUCUUCAACUACGAGAUUAUGCUGUUCUUGAAGCAGAGUUUUCGGAUCGGCAGACCCCUGAGGGUAUGACGACGCGGGCAAUGCUAUGCCAACUGCAGCGUUCUCAAGAGGCCGCACUAUCAGACUUUGCGCACUGGCCGAGUGAAGGCUAUGACGAUGCUGUUGCGAUUUUCCUCACUAAGUGUCUUGCUCGAUUGCGAUUUACGGCUUCCCUGGCAGCUCUUCAAGCAGACCCUGCGAGAGUCAUGGCAACCAUUUAUUGGAAGUUUGAGAGAACUCUUCAGCCGGAUGGUUUAUCUUCUAACUUGUCUUCACCUUGCAUCACAUACCAGGCAGAUUUCUCUGAGGAGUAUCAUUGCAAAAGUUGGUUGGCAGAUGUAAGCGAUGACAGUGAUGAUGAAAAUAUUGGUCAGUGGUCUGCUUAAUAGCGAUGUUCGUGGUAGUGGCAGAUAUAUUCUGCGUCAGUAGGCAAUUGGACGAAGAUGGCAAUGACCAUCGUCGAUUUUCGGCCUAUGUUUCCAAUUCAUGUUACUGAGCUUAGGAAAUCGGGUUGGUGGAAGGAAAGGAAUCGAAGGUAUCUAAAAGUCGUUAUAGAAGCGAGGAUAGGAAUUGGUUUGAAUUGAUCUUGAGAAUAAUGCAUCUUGAAAU